AUGUUCGAUAGGCAGUGGUUUCAGGACAGAACUUUACGCGAUCCAGUUUUUCACCAGCAAGUGCUUGAUCAGUUGAAAGAAUUACCACGAAAACAGAAGAAGGCUCGAGAGCUGAGAAAACACUAUGAGAGCAUCCCGAGGUAUUUAAGGGACCAGGUGGACCCUCAUGACAGACCGACGCGGAUUGGGGAACAACUAAAGGGCAUGAGACACAUCAGUGGAGCCCAAGCUAGCAGGAAUCCUUCCCAAAACGCUGCUCCUAGCGACAGUGGUCUACCCGAACGAGGACAAGCUUCAGAUGGUCCUGCCCGAACUCCAUCAAGCCCAUUCGCACCCAUGGAUGUAUCCCAAGCCCAACCAGACCCACUCACAGGAAAACAUCCAGCACCCCCUCAACCCAGACGAGCAGACCGAGCGGCGCAAGCUAGAGGAGAACAACAGCCAGAGGCAUCUGCAAAUCAAUCAGUGAGAUCUGUAGCUGAUAGAAAAACCAAAUCCGAAAGUAUUAAGCUCAUCAGGCUAAUAGCCACCAACAAGGCAACAAAGGAUCAACUCCAGCAGUUCGAAGAAAACGUCGUUAUUCUAGGUCCAACGUUUCAUCGUCUGAUUGAUGAAGCCCAGCAAAUCUAUCAGAGAUUCUUGUCAACAGCCGAGGUAGCGCAGUUGCAACUCAUGAGAGCGCUUACUGCUCUUCGCCUCUCAAAACUCAUUGAACGAUCAGAAGUAGCUGAAGGAGCCAGAGUGGAGAAUGCUCUUGCGGAAGAAGAUUUUGCGCACCAAUUUUUGGAACUUCGACAUAACUCUCCCGAGGACUCCCCUAUACAAGUUGAUAUCGUCGACCGCGUAGCUGACAAUACAGCUGAUGAAAACGAAGUUCGUGAAUUUGCGUCCAGAAUGGAUCUUGAGAGGGGAUUCAAGGAAAUGGUCAAUGGCCGGCUGCAGCUGUAUUUUGCACGAUCACGGUAUGAUCGGUCGAUCCAGUUGAGGAUUACCAUGUUCCGGCUUUCCUUGUUGACAGAUUUGAUAUGGAAGCCCAAGGAGCUUCUCCUGCUCCACUGUGACGCGGUGACGUUGGCCGAGUGCCAAACAGCAAGCAUGUCUCGAUGGGGUCAAACUCCUGAAGCUGUUGCGGUUGAGGCCGCUUGGCAUCCACAUGAAGGAGGUGGUCAGGCUGGAAGAAGUCAGGCCCGAGGGGCUGAAGCAGCCGGGACUGGAGGUGCUAUAGCUAAGGAAGAUAUUCCCACCAGGAUGGGGAGUGCAGCAAAAAAUGUUGCCAGCAGAGGAGCAGCAGGAGGAGCAGCAGGAGGAGCAGCAGCAGAAGGAGCAGCAGCAGCAGGAGAAUCAGAAGGACUAGGACAAGGACGAGGCAGAGCCGCAGCCACACCUGGAAGGGCUACAGCCAAAAGGGAAGGCCGAGGUACUUCACCUCGCACUACAAGCAGCUAUAGCUGA